UGUGUACCUGUAUUCCUGCGGUAUCGCCUCUUCCGCGUGUACUACAAUUGGUUGCGAGUUAUUCAUUGCACGGGCGUAAUAGACUGGCUUUCUCUUAACCUCACAGCUUCACGUCCCUGCGCCUAUCUCCAUGAUGUCGUUCCUGCUGCCAGUCCUCGCAACAUACGUAGCAGCCGCGAAUUACAUCACGUGACAUAGAUCCGCAACGUGUACGUCAUCUGUUGUCGCACUUUCAAGCAAGGAGGAGCAAUCAAUGAACGUGUCAGUUGCAUGCUGAGGCAGCAAUCCAUGGCAGCACUUACUUGCCAUUUCUCCUACCACAGUCCAAUCCGAUAGCAUCGAAUAACCGAAAGACAUCCAACACAUCGGAAGUACUGCCACCAUGCCGCCCAUACCGCUGCACAUCGACGACCCGAUCACGCCGCAAAAACCGCAAGCCGUCGAGCCGCAGACGGCAGCUGCAGAGCCUCCAGCACAGCCGUUCAGUGGCCCGGCUAGCAACGUAGCGACGACCACCGCACCAGCUGCAGCACCCUCAAGCUAUCCGGCCGCGAGACCUGGUGCAGCCGCGGUACCUGCGCCAACAUCAUAUGUGCCUAGACCGCACCAACAGCCCACUCAGACGCAGGCAGUGUGGGAAGAGGAAGACCGCCCAGCUCCGCCUCAACCAGGAGCUGUGCCUGUGCCACCUUCGCAGUACGCGCCCCGGACACCGAGCAAUGCUGGCAUAGUUCCUCCUCCACCUAGAGGGGGCGACAGCGCGCAACAUCAGGGUACUGCGUUCACUGGCCACUUGAACCAGAUGUACACGCCGCCAGCAGCGCAGGCCUUCCAGCAUAACUACGCCCCUACGCACUCGACAUCAACUGCAGGUAUUGUACCUGGGCAGGCGACUACACCAUCACGGAGUGGACCCACCACUCUCAAUCUUGGUCCCGUGCAGCAGGAUGAGCGACGAAUCAGCGCCGAGCACCCGCCCGGCUACGUGCAGAACGCGUAUGCGCAGGAGAUGAGUUCCGCGCAACGGGCAAGUCUGGAUCAAGAGACGAAGAGGGAAGGUUUGGCUGCACAGUUGGGCCUUACAGGGCAUUCGGGUUUUGGUGCGGGUACGCCGAGCCGCGUUGGAGACCCAGAUGCGAGCGAUGGGGUGGGCGGAGUCUUGGAUGCGGCGAAGGGGUGGAUGAACAAGGCGGGUGCUGCGCUGGCGGAGGGAGAGCGGAGUGUGUGGAAGUGGAUGGAUGGGAAGUGAGUGUGCGAUGAGUGAGGACCUGCGGAG